ACAGUGACAGCAACGCACUUGAAAGCUUGAAAAGGCCAUCCGAAGCUCCAAGCCGACCCUCUGCUCACUUUCUCUCUCUUCUUCUUCUUCUGUAGAAUCUCAUCCUCUCCGCGGUUUGCUCUUCCUUCAUCAUCAUCCAUCAUCCCAGGCGCAAUCAUGAGUGAAGAAGGAGAAAAGACUUGUCCACUUUGUGCUGAGGAAAUGGAUUUGACAGAUCAACAACUCAAGCCUUGUAAAUGCGGUUACCAGAUCUGUGUUUGGUGCUGGAAUCACAUAAUGGAGAUGGCUGAGAAGGAUGAGACAGAAGGGAGAUGUCCUGCUUGCCGAUUUCCUUAUAACAAGGAAAAGGUUGUAGGCUUGGCAAAAAAAUGUGAAAGGUUGGUUGCUGAGAUGACUAUGGAGAAAAAAAUGAAGACACAUAAGGCAAAACUCAUCUCAGCUGAAGCAAGGAAGCUACUUAGUAGUGCACGAGUGAUUCAAAGGAAUCUCGUAUAUGUUGUUGGGUUGCCUCUAACUUUAGCGGAUGAAGAGAUCCUCCAGUGUAAGGAAUACUUUGGCCAGUAUGGAAAGGUGCUAAAAGUGUCCAUUUCUAGGACAGCAUCUGGUGCAAUUCAAAAUGGUGCAAACAAUUCUUGCAGUGUGUAUAUUACUUACUCAAAAGAGGAGGAAGCGAUUAGAUGUAUUCAGUAUGUGCAUGGGUUCGUGCUGGAGGGUAGACCUUUAAAGUCAUGCUUUGGAACCACAAAAUAUUGUCACGCAUGGCUGAGAAAUGUGACUUGCAACAACCCAGCUUGUUUGUAUUUGCAUGAGGUUGGUUCACAAGACGAUAGUUUCACUAAAGAUGAAACCUUAUCUGCCUAUACAAGGAGUAGGAUUCUUCAAAUUACUGGUGCUACACAUAUUAUGCAACAUCGUUCAGGGAAUAAGUUACCACCUCCUGCAGAUGACUACGACCAUAGCAGCUCCACGUCCUCAGGAAAACCUAUGAGUAAAAGUGCUAUAACUAAUACAAUAGCCAGUGUUAAAAGUUCUCUGCCAAAUGGUGGUUCUAGUCACUCUCUUGCAUCACAGUCUUCAUCACCAUGGGGACCACCCAGUUUAACAAUUCCCAAUGGGAAUAUAAAACGGAUGCCUGAAACUAGAAGUGGUUCAAUGACUUCUAUAGAUGUUGCAGCAACAAGUCAAACUCAGUUUCAAGAAGAUGGGAAAAAGGGCUUGACAAUACUAAAUAGAAGUGAAUCUGAGCCAAUAGAAUCAGUUACAAAUGCAGACAGUAGAACCCCUUCUUCUAAUGGAACUCCUACAACAGGAACGCCUGCUAUGUCAAAUAACAGUCAGUUGAAAUUUUCACUGGAAUCUAAAGUUAAACAUGAAAGCACGGAAAAUAUUACGAAGUCUGUUGUUAACGUUACUGAGGGUUCUCUCUCUGAAAAGAAGCAGCAUGUUUCUUCCUCCAAAGGAAAGGUUAAGGAUUCGUCCUCCAGUAUGUUGUCAUCAAUGGUCAAUGGAGACAUUGAAGAUACUAGUGAUCGUGUGCGGCAACAACAGAACCUUGAGGAAUUGCCUUCAGAAGAAUCCUUGUCAUCAGUUGCGACUGUGAGGAAUAAUGUGGAAUUAGUUGAUGAAAAUUGCAUGUCUGUUGAGCAAGACUGGCCUGAGACAGUUGUAAAUUCAGAACCAUCCAUAGAACAUGACGAGUUUGAAGAAGAUUUACGACAUUUUGAGAACCAAAGACUUAAAGAUCCGGAAGUCACUCGAACAAAUGGUUUCAUGAGUCCUUCCCAUAUUUUUCAUGUUCCAAAUCAUCAUAGAGAUCAAGCUGAGCAGUUAGAAGCUCAAGUUUUUGAUAAGAGAUUUAAAACAUCACCUUUUCCUCUUCAAUCCAGUACAUCAGCAACCAACCUUGAAAUUUUGCUAAAUAAGCAACCCAUUGUUUUAGAUCAAGCAGCAGCUAGUAGUCAUUCAAUGCACAUGCAAAAAACUGAAGUUCAAUUCAGAGAUAUUGAUGAUUGCAGCCUAGGGUCUGGGGCAAUGGGAGAGAGCAAUAUAAUAUCAAGUAUUUUAUCUAUGGACUUUGAUUCAUGGGAUACAUCACUAAAGUCCUCCAAAAAUUUGUCUAAAUUAUUUAGUGAAAGUGAUAAUGAUAAUGAUCAGGUAAAUCUAAAAUUAUCUAGUUCCUUACGAGGGCAAAACAGUAGUCAAUCUAGAUUCUCUUUUGCAAGAAAUGAUGAUUCUAGGUAUGAAGCAUCUCAUCUUAGACCAUCACCAAGUCGCAAUGGUCAGCAACCUAGCUCGGAUCACUUGUCGGUCCAUGACUUUUCAAGAAGCAGAGAUAUGUCUUUAGCUACUAACCUUGGUGGUUUUAAUAAUGUUCCCUCAAAUGCUUACUUCCAUGACUCUGACAUUUUUAGCAGCGGUUAUCCUCAUUUAUCUUCUAAUAAGUUAUCAGUUUCAAGAGCUCAAACUUCAGCUCCUCCGGGAUUUUCAGCUCCCAGCAGAUCACUUCAACCGCCGCCCCCUGGCUUUGGUGCACAAGAAAGAAUGGAACAGCCUCUUGACCACCAUCACAUGUCUGGGAAUCACUUUCUGGGCGUAUCAUCCUUAUUGGGAAACUCUUAUCAUCAGUCACCACCUAAGUCGAAUGGAAGCAGUGUUAUAGAUAACGAAUUCAUGGAUCCCGCCAUUAUGGCAGUUGUGGAUGAAAGACUUCCUGGUGGGAUUCGUAAUGGGUUGAGUUACCACCACCAUUCACAAUCGAAUGCCUUAAAAAACGAAGCGAGACUUCAAUUACUGAUGCAAAGAUCAGCUGUCCCUCCCUUACAAAACCAGGGAAUGGUCGAAACAUCCCAAAUGGGAAACAAUGGCUAUUUUAAUUUGAACGAUGCUUAUAGUAGGUUGAUGGUCAGUGGGGAACAAAAUCAUAUCUCGUAUCCACAACAACUCAACCAACUUAACCACCAUCAGCAGCAGCAGCAUCAGCAACUUCAGCAGCCGCAGCAGCAACAACAGCAAAAUAGAUCGAACCUCAUGUCUAAAGGUCUGUGGGAUGGGUGGAACGAGAUUUCCAGCAGAAACGACAGAUUGGGUGGUGUUAACAAAUUCUUCAACGGAUAUGAGAAUUCGAAUUUCCGAAUGGGGUCGGAGAAUCUGUACAAUGGGUCAUAUGGAAACUGUUGAUGAGAAUCGCGAUUGGGGGAAAGGUUCAUCUUUCCUGUUUGGGGUCAUAGAAACCGGCGUUUGAAAUCCUAAGGAUCUCGAGGAGGAAUGGGAGAGAACCGGACCGACAAUGGCAGACCUAGUACUACACCUUGCUUUGGCUUUUUGCAAUUCUGUUAUGAAUUUUGGUGGCAACACCCUUUAGAGAAUUGCAGGCAUGGUUUUGGUUGAUUGAUGAUAAAAAGAUGUUUUUGCAUUCAUUUGUUUGUUUGCAUAUAGAAGAAGAAUUGUCAAAUCUUUGGACUUUGUGGUAUUUAUUGCUGGUCUUAAAACUUGGUGUCAUCCCAUAUUCCAACUGAAAAAAGACAUUUUUAGUUUUUUUU